CACGUAUCUGCCGAGAGAAGUAAAAUAUUGCCGCAUCUGAGUACAAGCAUGUUGUAGCCGGAAAGACCCUUUUUGAUCCAUUUGUCUAGCAUGAGGUGAAGCGCAAGCGGCACAGCCCCAUGGCGUGGAGCAACUUUAUGGUGACAGUAGCUGGUGUAGCGGCCGUAGCGUACUUGAUGAAGUCAGAUGUUCGCGUUGGAGCUGCCACUUUUAGGCGCAACCUGAAGCAUAUACGGGGCUGGCUGGAAGAACAGAGCACAGCAGCAUCGAAGGCCACAAAGGAGGAGGUCAAGCAGGUCACAGAGAAGGCCAAACAGGCGGCUAAGCGUGAAGACCCAUCAGACUGAGCGCAUCACAGACAUUUUUGAAGAUGCACCUAGAGGCUCCCAGCAGCUCAAGCCACUUGGCACCCAUGAUGAAGCUUUGCCUUUCUAGGUGAGGAAUGCGACGCGCGUUCUGUCCUUUCAAUUAGCGAGCACGUGGUGGGAGUAGGAUGGCUGCUUUGCUUGGAACAGUGGCCAGGAAAGCUCAAAAGAAAAACCUUGUGAUCAUCUGCGCAACCAGUGCCUACAUGUGUAAUGACAUUGACGCUGA